CAGAUGUCAGCCACUUCCAAUAAGGGAGAGCAAGAGAGAAAGUCAGCUGUGACGUGGCUAACAUGGAAAGGGUGAGGAGUGCCUUUAAGAAAGAGCACUGUACACUCACAUUUCCCUGUAGCAAGACUUUUUUUUUUUGUUUUCAUUUUUUUCCCCCUCUCCAUGCACUAAAUUGUUCCUGAAAGCAGAAAAGAGAUUUUGUUUAUCAUUUUCCACCCUGAUAGAAAGACAAUCUGCUGUCACUGCCCAGGGGAUUAGUGUCCCGAGAUGGGAUUAUAUUGUAGCCAAAUAGGAAUUGAAUGGGGUGGAUAUGGAGUAUCUAAAAGAGCAGUGACCCUUUUCCUGGGAAGCAUUAGAGCAAGAGAUCAAUCUGUGGUCAUGACAUACUCAAGCCUUGAUGAGUUGUGCAUGGAGACCCCAAGUGCAGUUCAAGUGGAAGAAAUCUUUAGAGCCAGAGCCAGUGGUGUAAGAGGUGGGUGAGUGAUCCCCUUUGUCGCUGUUGGCACAGGGCCCCUGCUCCGUGGAAAGGGAAGUCCUUCCUCAGUUUGAAUCCUGAUGCUUCUUAACAUGCAGGCUUGGGAAACUUGUGUUGGCAACCCCUUUUACUCUCCAUCUGCUUCUCCAGGAUCACAGGAAAAUGAUGUGUGCAUUUCAAAUUCCCUCUCCCUGGCAAAGGAGCCUGUCACAUCCCAGCACCCACAUGUCCAUCCCAAUGAUUUGUGGGGAGUGCUGGGUGGUUCCUGGUUGAUGAAGACACGUUGGGGGCUGAGGGGCCAGUGUCCACAUCUCUGGCUUGCUUUGCCCAAAGGUGGCCUGGGUGAUUAGACUGAUGGCCUCCUGACGUCAGAUGAGAUCCGUUAAAAGGUAUUUAUCUCAGGCUUGGACCAAAGCUGCGGGAGAGAUUAAAAGAGAUUGAGGCCAAGAUAAUCCCCUCGCAGCAUCCCACUAAAGUGGCUGCCAAAAGGCAUGCCACCAAAUCUUUUGCCACCCCUGGCCCCUGUGCCCAGUUCUGUUUUCCCCAUCCAGAGCUCUGUUCACAGCCGAGAGAAGGUGUGAUGGCCCUGCCAUUGGUUUUCCAUUUGCAGGCCCUCUCGGGUGGCAUCAUCCCUCUUUCUGCCCUGCCCAGGACACAAGUGGCAUGCUGUCCCUGGGAAAACAGGAAUUCCUGUGACUCUGAGGUACAGCAAGCCCUGCCCUGGUGGCUGAUAAUCCUAGGCUGUUCUGGCUAAUCUUCACUUUAUUAGUUUGUUGCUGAUAUAAACAGAGAGAGUCAAAUCCGCCUGGGAUUGUUUCUUUCCCUUCAGGAGCAGUGUGCUACUCUCUCUUUUCACCCCUCCCCAUCCACCUGCUUUGCAUUACGUCCCAAUCCGAUUUCCCCAAGUCUCUGGUGUCUGAUUUAAUUUGCCUGACGCUGCUCCUGGAAUCAGCCCUCCCCCAACCCCUCCCGUCCACAGCCUUCCAGCUCCCCAUGGGGAGAUCAGUCCUGGGAGAGGCUGAGGAGCAGAGAGGGAGCAAGGGACUGGCUGGCUGGACGAACGGGACUGGCUGGAGACUGCAGAGGUACAGGGGACUUCUGGGCAGUGAGGAGCCAUUCUCAGCAAGGGAGGCAGGCUGUGAGGGUCCCAUCCAGGAGGGACUGCAACCCACCUUGCUCUACAGAUCCCGAAUCCAGGCUGCCCCACGUGGAGGAGCCACCCCUAGGUCAGAAAGAUGGGGGAAAUGGAACAGAUGAAGCAGGAGGCUGAGCAGCUGAAGAAGCAGAUUGCGGAUGCCCGGAAAGCCUGUGCAGACACAACACUUGCUCAGAUUGUGUCUGGAAUGGAGGUCGUUGGGCGCAUCCAGAUGCGGACCCGAAGGACCCUGCGGGGACACCUGGCCAAGAUCUACGCCUUGCACUGGUCCACAGACUCCAAACUUAUGGUCAGUGCCUCACAAGAUGGAAAACUGAUUGUGUGGGACACAUACACAACUAACAAGGUUCAUGCCAUCCCUUUGCGUUCUUCCUGGGUCAUGACCUGUGCCUAUGCCCCCUCUGGCAAUUUUGUGGCCUGUGGAGGCCUUGACAACAUGUGCUCCAUCUACAGCCUCAAGUCUCGUGAAGGCAACGUCAAAGUGAGCAGGGAGCUCUCAGCCCAUACAGGAUACCUCUCCUGCUGCCGAUUUCUUGACGACAACAAUAUUGUGACUAGCUCUGGAGAUACCACAUGCGCGCUCUGGGACAUCGAGACAGGGCAGCAGAAGACUGUGUUCAUUGGUCACACUGGAGACUGUAUGAGCUUGGCCGUCUCCCCUGACUUCAAACUCUUCAUCUCUGGGGCUUGUGAUGCUACUGCCAAACUGUGGGACGUGCGGGAGGGCUCCUGCCGUCAGACCUUCUCAGGGCACGAGUCCGACAUCAACGCCAUCUCCUUCUUCCCCAAUGGCGAAGCCAUCUGCACCGGCUCCGACGACGCCACCUGCCGCCUCUUCGACCUGCGGGCGGACCAGGAGCUCAUCAUGUACUCCCACGAGACCAUCAUCUGCGGGAUCACCUCCAUCGCCCUCUCCCGCAGCGGCCGGCUCUUGUUCGCUGGCUACGAUGACUUCAACUGCAACAUCUGGGACUCCCUGAAAGCAGAGCGUGUGGGAAUCCUUUCUGGCCACGACAACAGAGUGAGCUGCCUGGGGGUGACGGCGGAUGGCAUGGCUGUUGCCACUGGCUCCUGGGACAGUUUCCUCAAGAUUUGGAACUGAGGACAGCAGCAGAAAGGGGAUAAGCAGCAGAAGCACGGCCCACAGCCCGAGCCCACACAAAACAGCAUCAUCAGCUGAGCACAACAGAAAUGCCUACCUACCACUCCCACUUGUCUCUAGACACAGGUCACUUGUAGGAGUCUCCCAGAGUGAAAGGAGAUCAGGGAGGAGAAGCAGGGGGAGCUGGGGAGUAAGAGCAAAUGCACUGGCCCUUCUCUCCACCUCUAAAUAGCCCCAGCAGUUUCCAGCCUUGUGCAGGCUUGAAGACCUGUUCUUUAUGUCUCAGGACUUUGCAGUACAAUUCAGACACCCUGCACCUUCCUUCAAACAUCUCUACCCGCACUGGUACCCAGCCUCCUCCUUUGGGGGGCCCCUCAUGCAACACCCACCCCAGACUAAGCUCUCUCUCUGCUUUAACUCUAACUUCUCUGUGCAGCUGUCCUGUAUCCAUGCAGACAGCCCCAGAGACACGCUGGAUUUGUGAUUUCUAUGGCACCGCCUCAAACAUAGAGUAAAUUUGGCUCAUUUUCAUGGGGGAACACCUAGUUCAAGUCCUAUCUAUGCAUAAAGGGGGGAAAGGCAGCCUUCAGACCUGCCAGAAUAGCAGGGAAUAUAUUUAUUCUUUUCUUAGUUCAAGUCUUAUCUAUGCAUAAAUGGCAGAAAGGUAGCCCUCAAGACCUGCCAGAAUAUCAGGGAAUAAUAUAUUUAUUCUUGUUGUCUACUUCCUGCUGUUCCUUCCCUCUUUGCCUCACUCCUGCAUUGUGUGGUGACCCUAUCUAACCAGUAGCCAUCAGCCCAUGUUUUCAAGUCUGUUUAGAUCUUUACAGCCCAGGCAAAUAAAGAAAGCUCAC